UCUGCGGCGUUUCCUCGAAGGGGUGGUACGGUUGGUGCGGCCGUGUGCGGUUGUACAGCUGGGGGUUGCAUUGUGCCAGAGCUUUGUUUUAAAUUAUUAGUUUUACUUCAAGUUGUGUGUGUGAGCAUUGCUGCUCCUUGCUUCCAACACAAACUUCCGGACAGCGCUUCCAGAACGAAAUUAUUCAAGUUUCAGUAUGAAGACUAUUAUUUGCCUCUUUGCUGCCCUGGUCUGUGUUUGUGCUGAGGAUGAACUUAAAGUGGAGAAUGUUUUCAAGCCUGAAGAAUGUGAGAAACUAACAAAGAAUGGGGACAUGCUGUCAAUGCACUACACUGGAACACUUGCAGAUGGAACAAAAUUUGAUUCCAGCCUGGACCGGAAUCAGCCAUUCAACUUCCAGCUGGGCGUGGGCCAGGUGAUCAAGGGCUGGGACCAGGGCCUGACCGACAUGUGCGUUGGAGAGAAGCGCAAGCUGGUCGUUCCGCCCAGCCUGGGCUACGGCGAGCAGGGCGCCGGCGAGGUUAUCCCGGGAGGUGCCACGCUGAACUUUGACGUUGAGCUGCUGUCGAUCAACGAGGCGCCGCCGCCACAGAACGUGUUCAAGAUGGUGGACACGGACGGCGACCAGCAGAUCAGCCGCGAGGAGAUCCAGACUUACCUGUCGCAGCAGCUGGAGCAGCAGAAGGGCGAGAUGCCCGAAGGCCAGAUGGACGAGAUGCUGCAGAACCAGGAUAAGCUGAUCGAGGAGAUUUUCCAGCACGAGGACGCCGACAAGGACGGGUUCAUCUCGCAUGAGGAGUUCUCGGGCCCGAAACACGACGAGCUUUAACGCGCGCGCCGGGUGGUAGUUAGCUGGUGGGAGGGGUAGGGGAGGGGAGGGGGGACAAGAGGCUUCGGCCGCGGUGGGCCUGUUGAAAUUUUAUGCGUGAAUGUAUACGCAUGGAUAGAAUCGGAACCCGGGUCAAGGAGAUGGAAGAGUGGUCUGUUUUAUUUGGUAAACGACGAAAUGUUCCGUGUGCAGUGUUUAGGCUGCGCAGUUGUUGGCGAAUGGGUUCAGACGGAAGGGUGGUCGUGAUGCCUUUUUAUUUUGAAUGGCUUUUGUAAAAAUCGUGCGUUGUGAUUGUAGGCCGUGAUCUGGUGUCAAGGCGCUGAAAGCAUGAGGGUGACGUUUCACCGCUGCAAUCGCAUGGUGUCUGAAGGUGCUGCGUCUAUCUGUGUCGGAUAUUUUUGAAGCAUUCACUUGUACUCUGUGUAGACUGUACAGAUAAGGUGGUGUCGUUUACAUCAGGGUCAAUAUAAACAUUGCCUCGUUAAAGUGCGGUAGUCAUCUGGUGAUUUUCAAAAGCUUGUGCUCAAGCGUUUUCCGUCAUUUUGUAUCUAUCUUGGACGCACAGUUAGCCAGAAACGACUUUCAUAGCUGUGGCUGCUGAUAUACGGAAGAAUAAAUCCGCCCUGUCUUCAAAA